GCACCAACCAAGGGUUACACAUACGGCUUCCGGGCGAGGCAUAGGUUGUAUCCUUUCUUUCGUAUGUUUGAUCGAGACACAGAUCGAUCGAACUGCCGUUUUGAGUUAGCAAAGGCUGUAUAUAAAGCUGAUCCUGACCCCAAACAAGAAAGCAAUCUCAGCUCUGCGUCUUCUCUGGACGAAGAUGAAGAUCAAGGCAGCUUCUUCUAUUGUGGUGGUGGCCUUGAUUUCAGCUCUGCUUCCAUGUGGGCGGGCCCUGCCUUCAACCACCGCGCCCGCCUUUCUCUGGUCACCUUACCUUCAUCAUGAUUCGUUCUCAAGUUAUGUGGUUAAGGAUGUUGUAAACUAUCAGACCAUCUAUUCGAAGGAUAUAGCAAGGUCUAUUCUGACUGAAGGUGGCUGGUCAAACAUACUGUGCUCAGGGAAUAAACUUCAGCACCCUGUGGAUCUAGCACUUGUCUUUGUUGGUAGAGAGUUGCGAUCUUCAGAUAUUUCAGCUGGCAAACAUGUAGACUCAGCUAUUGUUGACUUGCUCAAGGUCUCUUUCACAAGAUCUAAAUUCUCUAUUGCAUUCCCAUAUAUUGCUGCAUCGGAGGAGGAGACAAUGGAAAAUUUGUUGGUUUCAGGGUUUAUGGAAACUUGUGGGCAUAAUUUAGGAAUCACUAAUGUUACUUUCCUGGGGUCCUGUUCUGUAGAGGAUGGGAAGUUUCAAAAACUUGCAGACCUGCACUCAAUACAUGAUUAUCUGGUUUCAAGGAGUGGAAAGAGGCAGAAGGGGCAAGCAGAUUUGGUUGUGUUCUGCCAUGGAGGGUCUCAUAGCUCAAAAGAUCUUGACCAACCACAAUCUGAGAUCAAAUCUGCAGGUGAGAUUUUGUCUGAGCUGAUCAAUUUUGUGGAGCAGUCUGGAGCGAAAUAUGCAGCUCUCUAUGUUUCUGAUCCCUUAAGGUCACCUCAUUAUCCUUCUUCUCAGGAGCUGGGAAGGUUUCUUGCUGAAAAUGCCUCAGGAAAUCAAUCAGCCAAUUCUACAAUCUGUGAUGAAGUUUGCCAGAUUAAAUCAUCACUUCUGGAGGGACUUCUAGUUGCCAUUGUUUUGCUCAUAAUCUUAAUAUCGGGUAUUUGCUGUAUGAUGGGCAUUGACACUCCAACAAGAUUUGAGACACUCCAAGAGACUUGAUUUGUUACUUUUGCAAGGUAAUACCUAUCUGAUGUGGUCCGGGUCUUCUAUUUGAGGUAUUGGUGAAGUUGUUUGGAACACAGUUACAGCGGACAAUGAUGUUUUAGCGUGCAAUUCACUUGCUCUAGGACAAUAUAUUGUGUUGAAAUAAUGAAGAAUCAUGUAAUUUUUGUCAAAUUAUAAUGUUCAUUUCAGUUUA